CAACGCAUGCUUGCCGUCAGCACUGACUCCAUAAUUAAACAGUCAAAGCAGCCUUCGACUUGCUUUCGUAAAACAAAGCCGGGAUGUAAAAGUGAUAAGUACAUUUGACAUCUGCUGGUAACGAUGUAACGACAUGCUCCACCGUCGUAUGAAGCCUACUCUUACACAGAAACAGGAAUUUUGUUACAUCGGACAAGGAAGUUAGACUUAUGAAGAAAGGUGGAAGGCGAGAUCAAAUCGUCUUUGCUCCUAAGAAACACGGACGAUUAAGAGAUGAGACAUCAAAAAAGAACGGUGUAGUAAAUCACGGAUAUAAGGAUGAGGAGGAGAGGUCUAGAGCAGGGUCAACCCUCAGUAACAACACAAGCGGCAGCAUCAACAACAACAACAGAAUGAAACAAGCUAGGGAGGUGACACUUACCAUCGAUACUGGACCACCAGGUGAUCUCGGAGAGCAUGGAUUCGAGCUGACGGGAGGUCGCAAUAAUCCGUACUUCAACAAUGAUCCCGGCAUCUACAUCAUCGAUGUUCCCCCUGGCUCAUUAGUAGAGAAUGCUCUAGACUCUGGUGACCAACUUAUCGAGAUCGAUGGAUUUUCAUUGGCGAAUGUACCACUUCACGUUGCUUAUAAUCUUAUCCGGGCAUCUAACCGAAGGGCUGUCAUCUCUGUCCUCAAGCACCCGGAUAACGAGAUGAAGACCAUACCCGAGGACUCGGACGACAGUGGUCCCGAGAUGGGCGAGGCUGACGACGUGUCUACCGUGGGGAGCUCCUUAGACACCCGCACAUCUGCCCGUGGGGAGGUGGUAGGGGAGAUGGCGGAUGACACGGAUGGAGGCAGGGAGGUUGAGGUGGAUUUCAUGACCGGGAGAAAGGGUCAUCUGGACGAGCUCGACUUUGAAUUCGCGGGUGGACGCGACCAUCCUUAUGUUUCUCGCAAUGGCGGCAUUUUCAUCACCAAGGUUGAGCGCGGUAGUCUCUUAGAGAACGAUUUGUCGCCUGGUGACAGAAUUAUCAUGGUUGAAGGAGUCGAUACGACAAACGUACCACAACACGUAGUAAAGAAUCUGAUCCGCGCUUCCGACGGUAUAAUGACCAUGGUGGUGAGAAAAAUCAACAGAUCCAAGAUGUCCAAAGCGCUGACCCAAAUGCACGACACCACAGACGGUCUGGCCAUCAACGUGAACCGUCUCCCGGGGCUUGGGGAACUUCUCGUAGAAAUCGACUCGGGGAAAAAAGGAUCUAAAGGGAAUCUCGGAUUCAAGAUUACUGGCGGUAGGAAUAAGCCAUGUGUUCCAGGAGAUCCCGGGAUCUUUGUGAAGGCUGUCAAACCUGGCAGUUCUGUCUCGAACAUCCUCAAGCCAGGCGAUAAGAUUCUAUCGAUCGACGGUCAGUCCGUCACCAACGUAUUGCAGGCUCAAGCACACGACCUUAUUAGGGCUGCGGACCGGAAAGUUUGUCUACACAUCAAGGAGGCCAAUGCCCAGAAGGAGACGGUUGACAAAGAAAAGAAAAAAUUCAGUGACCAAUUUCCCGAUGAGAAAAUACAGGAAUUCAAGAUUGCCUUUGAGAUGUAUUGCCGGAAGGAUUACAAGAUACCCACAAAAGCUUUACCCCGCGUCUGUAAAUCACUUGGCUACAAUUACACGCUACAAGACUUGGACUACCUCAUAUCAGGGGAGUUUCACGACGGUAGAGGAAUCACAUUCCCUGAAUUUCUGAAGAUGAUGAGCGAGAUGACGUUUUAUCACAAGACAGACACAGACAUUCUAGACGCGUUCCACGUAUUCGAUCGAGAUAAGAUGGGUUACUUCGAUUUGGACAAACUGAAGGCAGCAUUUGAGAGUAUGCCCGACUCAGACACCAUAGAUGAGGAAGAAAUGGCCUCCUUAAUUGCUAUAGCUGAUUCCAACCAAGAUGGAAAAGUUUAUUUUCAAGAUUUCAAGAAUUUAGUACUUCCAAUCUUCCAUCAAUAUUAAGGGCUGCUGCGUUUAUAUCGAGGCCACAAAUUUUUGGCAAAUAUAUUUUACAUAUUUUUAUGUGUCAAGCAAGAUAUGUUUUAUACACAGAUAUGCAUGCUAUUUAUGUGACAGUCUAUUUAUUUAACUUGUAGGAAUUCCAGCUUGUAAAAAAAGCACUAUUACACCCUCUUUAAUUCUAUAGAAAUUUAACAAAUUUUAAUGAAAACGAAACACUUUUUUAGAUAACAACAAAAUGUACUUUUUUAAGAAACUUAUUUUAAAAUAUAAAAGCUUUCUUUUGGUGA